AUGUCGUCAAAUACCAAGAGGAAUCAUCCUUAUGUCAAAAAAGAAAACGAGAAGAAAACAGAAGCCAAGAAUAAGUUGAAGGGUACUAUUGUCAUGGAUGCACUGCCUAUGAAUGAUCCUGAUUUCUGAGGUAAAGAUAACGUUCCUGAUACACCGACGCAUGACAAUUUUGGAGGAGAACCACCCAAGUUUGAUGUGAAUAAGCCACGAAUGGCUGUGGAUUAUAUGAGACCAGACCACCGUAUCCCUCCUAAAUCAAAGCCCGCCAAGUCACAGCCGCCAUUGAAAGAGUUGAACAAACUGGUAGAAACUAUCAAGACAAAAGCGACAACAGAGAAGACCGAGAGAGAAGUGCUAGAAGAAGGCGAGAUUCCACAGGAUUCUGGUACGGGUACGUAUCAGUAUUCCUCCUUGGAUGAGUUACUAGAUUGUGUGGAAGUCAGUUAUCCAUAUCCGAUCCACCAGACCAUGAUGGACGUAUUGAAAUCUAAAAAAGAAGAUUGUGACCAUGUAUUCCUACGUUGCUCGUCCGCCCGUUGCCCAGUAUUUUGUAAUCUCAGUGAUUACAACCGUUAUUACUAUGAAUGUCAAAGACAGGGUCACCCCCGGUUCACCCUGGGCAGAAUCGACAAGAUGGUGUGCGAAUGUGGAAUGACUCCCACAUUGUCUUUGACUCAAUCAGAAAAAAAUUAUGGCAAAAUGUAUUUGCGAUGCGGUCAACGCCAUUGUAAGCUAUUCCUUCGGUGGCGACAGACCAUCUUGAAAUCGCACGGUUGA